AGUAAUACGUUAUAGUGAACGUUAGUACUCCCGGAUAAUGAAAUUCAAGAACUCGAUUGAACCAAACAGUUUAUUUCGGGCCACUAGUGAGAUAAAUGAAGAUAAUAAAAAGACGGAAGUGAGUGAUAAGUCAUUUGAAGAAAAGGGAAGUCAAUUUCAUCAAUAUGUAGCUGGAAUUUUUGCUUGCUUUGGAGUUCUGGGAGUCAGUGGAUACCUGAUUUGGCCUUCACCAGCAUUGCCAUUUUUAAAAAGCAAAGACUCGCCAUUUCCAAUAACUGAAGAAGAAGGAGCAUGGAUAGUGUCAAUGUACCUAAUAGGCGAUGUCAUUGGAUCUUUGCUUAACCCUUUGAUCAUUGACCGAAUUGGUCGAAAGUAUUCUACACUGGUAUCUGUCAUCGUGGGACUAAUAGGCUGGAUUAUAAUCAACGUUGCCAAUAACUACGUUCAUCUCUAUGUAGCAAGACUGUUGGGAGGAAUUUCACAAGGAAGCCUCUAUAGUUCCUUGAUAAUUUACUUGGCUGAAAUUGCGGAAAAUAACGUCCGAGGAAUCUUCAUGAACAUUAUUCAAUUGACAGAAAAUGGAGGCCUCUUUCUGAUUACUAUAAUUGCUCCAAAUGUAUCCUACGAGGUACUGAAUUUAACAACACUUGUGGCUCCAAUAAUUUUCUGCGUAAUUUUCCUAUUCAUGCCAGAAAGCCCAUACUAUUGUUUCAUGAAAGGUCAAGACGAGAAGGCUGUCAAAAUUUUAACAAAGUUAAGAGGUCGUACUUCGCCCAAAUUUUUGGAAGCUGAUAUUCAGAAGAUUAAACUGGCCAUAGAGGAAGACCGAAAGAACAGCAGAUCCGUUUUUCAUGACUUGGUCAGCAAAAAGGAACAUGGAAAAGGAUUUGUUAUUCUGGUAUUUGUUAAGUUGGCUCAUCAACUGUCUGGAGUCAGCACUGUUUAUUCGUAUGCUGAACAAAUUUCGAUAGAUAGCCAUUCACCCUUGAACCCUAAAUACACUGCUCUGCUUUUAAACAUAUUUCAGUUAGUUGCUUGUUUUUCUGGAAUGUGGAUCAUCGAUCGUGUUAAAAGACGAGUCUUGUUUUUAGUUACUGCAUUAUUGUUAACUUUAUCACUAGUAGCACUCGGAUUAUUCUUUUUCUUACAAUCUUAUUUAAAAGCCGACGUUUCUUCAAUCACGUGGUUGCCUCUUGCUUCUAUGAUUGUAUACGCGGUCGUCUUUACUGUGGGUGUUGGUCCUGUGUCUUUUGUAUUAAUAGGAGAACUUUUUCCCAUGAGUUUCAAAGGAGCUGCAACAGCUUUUGGAUCUGCAAUUGGGGCCCUUUUUGCCUUUGGUGGUAUAAUGGGAUACACGUUCGUCAAUGAAUAUUUUGGUAUUUAUUGUUCAUUCUGGAUUUAUGCAAUUGUGUGCUUUUUUUCAUCACUCGUUAUCUUCUGGAUUACUCCGGAGACGAUGGGAAAAACGUUGGAAGAAAUUCAGGGAAUGCAGAACCCGGAUUUGCAAAAGAAAUUGGAUGCUUUAUCUGAAGAAAAAAUUAGCGAACAGACACGUGUUUAAAUAAAUUAAAAUUUCACGAAAAAAUGCAUUGAGAAUAUACUCUACGUACUGUAAAUCUUAAAUUUGAAUAAACCUUUAUAAUAUUUGA